CACUUGUGCAGACGUGCGCGCCCCGAGGAGAAAGCUGAAAGGAGCAGAUCGGUGCCGGAAAAGAACCAAACAACUCCACUGCAGUUUCGAGGUGCACUCGAUUUGAAGAGGAAUUCUGAGAAUGCCGAGUUUAGGAGCAAAGAAGAAGGACAAUGUGUCCAGAAUGGAGAGAUUCAUUGAGGAUUUGCCACAGCUGAGCAAUGAGAUGCAGCUGAGCAUCAUGAACAAGGUGAAGACUGGAGAGUUGUCCAUCGACGACGCUCUGGACCUGGCCAGGAAGGACCGGGGCCAGUUAACCAAACUACAUCGUGCCCCUGAGGAGGAACAGCUUCCGUCACAGUACAACUUCAGUGUGCACAAGCAUGGACGCUACAGGUGGAAGAAGCGGGUUUUUCAGAUGGAUUUCAACACCAAAAUGCUGUGCACCAUUGAGAAAGGCAUCGUCAAGCGCCAACUUCCCUUCGCCAUCGUCAAGAGUUGUGAUGAUGGAGUUGGUUCUAGAUUUUCUAUUUCGUUCAAAGGCCACCAUGAUUAUGAGCUGGAGGCCACUUCAGUGGACGACAAGCACAAGAUCAUGCAGCUUGUAAACCAGAUAAUUUACAGGAACAUCUACAGUCAUGCUGAGGGGGGUAGUGCAGGGACACACCAGCAGCCUCAAGCAUCGCAAACCCUCCGGGAAGGUGUCCUUAUGCUGCACAGGGGCGGACUGGCAUCAUUCCGAUGGGUCAAGUACAAACAUUUUGUUCUGGGUCAUUUACGUUACUUCCGUCUUGGAUAUCUGGUUUGUUCCAGAAUGAACUUCCACAUUAAAAAUCCUAUUCAUUGUUUCUUGAUUUGGGCGGCACGGUGAACCACUGGUUAGCACACCUG